CAGAAAAGAAAGCGAGUGGAGCCGGCCUUGAAAUCUCAGAACAAGAAGCGUUUGUCUCUGGGCCAACACCGGCGUGUUUUCGGUGUGUCUCCGUCACAGCGUACUUUUAGCGGACGGCCUCUACUUCCUGAGCACGCCUCCAGCGAUGCCAUCUGGAAUAUCACUGUUCAGUGGCUGGCUGGGGAUAUCGCAUGUCGGACACUCAUGUUCCUGAAACUAAUGGCCAUGUAUGCUGCAGCUUUCCUGCCUGUGGUCAUUGGACUUGACCGUCAGGCAGCCAUACUCCACCCACUUGGACCCCGCUCAGCUGGAAGGAAACUUCUGGGGACAGCCUGGGGACUUAGUUUCCUGCUUGCUUUGCCCCAGCUGUUCCUGUUCACACCGUCCGCCGAGCUGGCCCAGUUCCCUUCACUCAGUGUGUCACCAAAGGCAGCUUCAAGGCUCGAUGGCAAGAAAUCACCUAUAACCUCUUCACCUUCUGCUGCCUCUUUCUGCUGCCGCUGACUGCCAUGACCAUCUGCUAUAGCCGCAUUGUCCUCAGUGUGUCUAGUCCCCGGACAAGGAAGGGGAACCAUGGUGAGACUUCAAUCUCCCGGCCCUAAUCCAUACCCUAAAAACUAUUGCCUCUAGCCUCAUUUACUAAUUUGAUAGUUUUCUGUCAAAC